AUGGUGACCAUGGCCAUUGCCAAGUUCCUCCCCGUUGCAGUUCUUGCCAGUCUCGUCGCUGGGCAGACUCUCGAUAUUCCAGCAAGGAGCGGUUCCAUCAUCUCCCUCCCUCCGCCGAGCGUGAUUUCCGACGUCGAGACACCGGGUGGCCAUCCCGUCUUCAUCCUGGACGACGGCGCGACACUCAGCAACGCCAUCAUUGGCAUUGGCCAAGUAGAGGGUAUCCACUGCAGAGGUGCUUGCACGCUGAAAAAUGUCUGGUUUCGCAAGGUUUGCGAUGAUGCCAUCACGCUCGUCGGAAACGGCGACAUCCUCAUCCAGGGAGGAGGUGCACAGUCCGCAGUCGAGAAUGUCAUUCUGCAUCAAGGCAAGGGGACCGUGACGAUCAAGGACUUCACCGUGGUAGCAUCGAACAGGCUUUACCGUGCUUGCGGUAAUUGCGCAAAUAAUGGACGGCCUCGCAAUGUUGUUAUUGAGAACGUUAAAGCGAAUAACGUGAAGCUUCUCACCGGCAUCAACUCCAACUUCGGCGACGUGUCCACCGUGUUCAACUCAUGCGGCGCAGCGGUUACGAAGGUGUGCCAGGAGUACAAGGGUGUCCAGAAGGGACAGGAGAGUUCGAAGGUGACUACCACGGCUAACUGCAAAGGACAAACGUCUCUCAGCGCAUGUUAA